GUUUCUAACAUUUAACGGCGUUUUUAUAAACGUCGCAUUUUUCAUUUAAUAAUACGACACCGUUUUCAUUUCACAAGUCGUUUUAAAAACGCCUUCGAAUGUGUUUUUUUAUAUUUUAUUUUUUUAAUAUAUGAGAACAUCAAGUAGCGUGUUCACUCUCUCUCGUCUCCCUCUUUCUGACUAAACCUUGAUUUCACUCUCUCUCUCCCUCCCUCUCUCUCUCCCUUCUCUUCAAACCCCUUCGUAUUUGUAGAACCGCAACUGAACCCCUUUGUAUUUGCAGAUCGAUUCAUGUAUUCGUAGAUCGAUUAAAGUAUUAUUCACUCUCAGUCUUGCUCUCUCUCUCUCUCUAAACCGUUGAUUUCACUCUCUCUCGCUUCAAACCCCUUUGUUUCAGAGACAACCCUUCAUAUUUGUAGAACCGUAGCUGAACCCCUUCGUAUUUGCAGAUCGAUUCAAGUAUUCAUAGAUCGAUUCAAGCCUCUUCUCUAGCUCGUGUUCGCGUUCGCGUUCGCGUUCGCAGCUCUUCUUCAUAGUUUCAUGAGUCUUAUCUGAAUUUAGAAACCCUUGCCUUGCUCUUCUCUAAGGCCAGUAAACAUGAAGGAAGAAAAUCUUGCUAUUGCUAAUGUUGGGGAGCCUACUGUUAGAAUGACACGAGCUCGAGCUGCUGCUUGUCAUGCAUUUGGAGGGAUUCCACCUUCAGAAGCACUGAAGCAGCAAGGUCAAAAGCAAGUUUUACGGACAAGUUCAAAAAUAGCAGCUUUAGAUGAGAUGAAUAGCAGUGCUUCUGCUGCUGCACCUGUUCAGCAUAAGAGGAGGACAGUGCUUAAGGAUGUCACAAAUGUUUGCUGUGAAAAUUCCUAUAAAAACUGCCCCAUUGCAGCUAAAAUUCCGGCGAGAAAUUUUCGUUUCCACUGUGGCCUUGUAUAUGUUUCAGAACCAGGAUAUAUGCUUUUUAGAGCUGGAGUUCCUUGGCAUGCCAUUAUUAAAAAGUUUGGGGGUAAGGAAAUAUCACAACUUGAGGAUCUGAUUUCUGUACUUAGCAAUUUUGUUGAAGUUCUUGCUGCUCAGCAAAGCCCAGAGAACUCCAAUUGGUUCCAGGUAGUAUACAAUCUAAACUCUAAACCUUCCAGUCUUAUACUAUGCAGCAGCUUUUCAUUUCUGUGAGAUUCCAUUUAAAGUUGACAAUUUGUUUGUAUACCAUUAGUGCUGUCAUUUUCUGUGCAUUUGAUAGAUGAGUU